CUGAAGUCUGACAGUGCAUUUAGCAAUAUUAAGUGGAGUGUUUGUUUCUCGUGGGUGGAAAGAAAAGAAUUUUCUCAAAGAUUGCGAUUCGAUCCAGGGGUGCGACGGUAUACGACCGUGAGUGAUAUUAGGAUCUUGAAACGUCAAACUCUCAGAGAAGCUGUCAAACAAGGAAGCGAGCGAAGAGCAAAAAGAUAAUAAUGUUCAUCUCAUUGACGUCAGUGAAAUGACACGCUAAGUUUUCGGCGAAGACAAGGCUAUUGCAUAUUUACUAAAUUGCUCGUCAGAUAUCUCCGAAUCCGAGGUCAGAUAUAACCUCAAACUUGAAGGGACGAUAAACCUUGAACAAUUUUCGCAGUAUACCUGCGUGGCUAUCGAUCACGUUGCAGGUUAUUCAGUCGGUUUCGCAGAAAUAAUUCGCGAGUCUACUGAUUGUCUAGUGUGAUCAUGUUUUAUUUCCGCGGCGAAGAAAGUUUCAGUGAAAAUUAGGCCCGACCUUGUAAUUGUGAAGAUUUAUGAAAAGUGUUUUUAAAGUGCUGCAAAAUGAGUUCUGUUUGGAAAAGACUGCAGAGGGUGAACAAAAGAGCUGCCAAGUUCCAAUUCACUGUCUCCUAUCACGAGUUGACCCUUGAAACCACAACUAGAUGGAAACCAAAUAAAUUGAGUGUGGUAUGGACAAGGCGUAGUCGUAGGGUAAGUUCGGAUCCUGUAGAAUGGGAACCGAGUCUAAGCAAUCCAUUAAGAGGUGCUGUUUCCUGGCCAGUGCCAGACAAUCAUACAGUUUCUGUAACAUUGUUCAAAGACCCCAGAACUCAUGAAUUAGAAGACAAGGACUGGACCUUCGUAAUCGAAGAUGUCUCACACACAGGCAAGCGUCGUCAUGUCGCUGUCGCAAAUAUAAAUAUGAAAAAAUAUGCGUCGCUUGAAUCUAGUCAACAACAACUUAAAUUCGAUUUAAAACCUACCUCGAAAAAAAUCGUCAGUGCAUCCAUAGAAUGCACAUUAUCGUGUGUUUUCCUGAGAGAGGGCAAAGCCACGGACGAAGACAUGCAGAGUAUGGCUAGUUUAAUGUCGGUGAAUAAUAAUAGUGACAUAGCACCUCUCGACGAUUUUGACAACGAGGAUAUUCCUGAAGAUGUUGAGGAAGUCACUAUUAAAAACAUAGACGAGAUUUUGGACAUUUCUGCUCAAUUAGAACUAAUGACGCAUAGUCUUACUGGAAGCGAACUACCUAGUACUCCCAUAAGUGUGGCAAGUUUGACGAAGGACGAAACGACGCCUGUAAAUGAUCAAUACAUUAUUCGAGAUUUAAAUUUAAUGGGAAUUGGUAAUUCGAUAAAGGAAAAAUCACCAUCGAAAGAUGAAAUUAUUUCAGAGAAUGCGAAAAGGAAUGAGCACAACACGUCAUUAAAAUUGCCGUUACGACCUUUGGAUUUAAAAAAGGGCGAUUCAGGUGCACCAAGAUUAAAAGAAAUCACACCUGGGCAGGAUUUAUUGGAAUGGUGUAAGGAAGUCACUGCAGAUUAUCCAGGAGUGAAAGUCACGAAUUUAACAACCUCCUGGCGCAACGGAAUGGCUUUUUGCGCUGUAAUUCAUCGCUUCAGACCCGAUCUCAUCGAGAUCGAAUCCUUGUUGCCGCACGAUGUGAAAGGAAAUUGCAAGAGAGCGUUCGAUGCUGGGGAAAAUUUAGGAAUUCCAAGGGUCAUUGAACCUGCGGAUAUGGAUAUUUUGACUGUACCUGAUAAAUUGGCUGUGAUGACUUAUUUGUACCAGUUGAGAGCUCAUUUCACAGGCCAUGAAUUAGAGGUACACCAAAUCGGUAAAACGACAGACGAGUCCUCCUACAUGAUUGGUCGAUUCAAUACAGAUAAUAAAGCAGACGUGAGCGUACAGCUUUUUGGACAAGAAAUUGUUAAUUUGCGCAAAAAGGAGCAGAUCGAGCAAAGAAACAACAAAUCGGAUAGCGGAAGGUGGUCAAAUCCGUUCGAUUAUAAGAAGGAUGACAUCAAUAUCGAAUCCUUGAAAAGUAGGUUACACUUGAGUUUGAAUUCGGAUAACCAGGAUCAUGAAAAUAGCAAAGACAAGUCACCAUCGAGUGUGAAAGAUGUCAAGGAUAUAAUUCUUGCAAGUUCGAAAAGUAUUCUGGGAAAAGUCCUUUCACCAACGAAAGAAAAAUUCGCUGCCAGAGAAAAGAGUAAAUCUCCACCGAGAAGUACCCAAAUUCAGCAACGUCCGAUUCUUAUGACUCGGCGACAAUUAACUGAUCCUUUCGGUAGUGACGAUGAAGAAGAGAACAUUCGAAUCGUAGAUGAUAAAAUGUCACGGUCGAUUUCCGCCUCCAAAUUGACCACAUUUGUGCAAGAUGUUUCGCCAUUUUCACCCGACAAAGGAAGUCGUGCUCAUUCCGAAUCUCGAGGUUUGUCGCCUUCGAAGGACGAUCAUCAUGGGCAACAUCCCUUGGUCACUCGCCAUGACGAGCUCAGGGAACGAGCAAGACUGCUUUUGGAACAAGCGAGAAAUCAGUCAAAGUCUGGCCUUAGUUCUAUCGCAACGAGCCCUGUAGAGCAAAGUGAUGAAGAAAGGCAACAGCAGUUGAGAGAAAGAGCAAGGCGAUUGAUAGCGGAAGCAAGAUUGGGGGUUACUGUUUCGACUAAUCAAAUUAGCGACGACAAUAAUAGCGAUCGCCGGUCUACAGACGAUCAAAACAAUAGUCCUAGAAGAAGUAUGACGCCUUCGACUCCUGGCGAUCGAAUAAGUAUUAAAUCGGAACAUAAUGGGAACUAUACUCCAGUAGCUGAUGGUGACAAAAAAUGUUCUACACCUCUCUAUUCUUUUUCGAAAAUCAUGGAACGAAUUUCCCCAGAGAAGACUUAUCCUGAUGGCGGGCCUUACGUGUUGAGAGGGUUGGGAAAAGAUAUGACGUCCUACAUUCAAAACGAGCUUGAAGCUUUGGAGAGAGAACAAAGCCAGAUUGAUGUUCAGGCCGCGAAACUCGAAAAGCAACUGAGAGCUGCCAUGGAAAGUGAUAAUGAGGAGGAAACGGAAAGGCUGAUGUCCUUGUGGUUCACACUUGUUAAUAAGAAAAACGCCCUCCUAAGGCGACAGAUGCAAUUGAACAUUUUGGAGAAGGAGGACGAUUUGGAGCGACGAUUUGAACUUUUGAAUCGGGAACUGAGAAGUAUUCUUGCUGUCGAAGAAUGGCAAAAGUCUGCAGAGCAAAAAAUCCGAGAGGAUCUUUUGCUCGAAGAAUUGGUGUCUAUUGUAAAUAAAAGAGAUGAAUUGGUCCAUCAUCUCGAUACUCAAGAAAGAGCGAUUGAAGACGAUGAUGAAAUCGAACGUGAUCUCUCGAGAGCCGGUUUAGCCCAAAGGAACAAAAAUUGUGUCAUCCAGUAAGAAAAUACAAAUUUCGUCGGCGUUAGUUUCAUUAUAAAGGUACUUUUUUUCCACUCUGGUGUUGCCAAAGAUACGAAAAGUAACACAAUCGUGUACUUAUUCCCAAAUCGCCUUUCGUGAAAAAUAACGAAUCAAUUGAAGGUAAGAGAGAAAAUUGCGAAUCCAAAGUUUCAAAUAUUUGCGAAUGGAAUAAGACGAUUUUUUCCGUGUUAAAACUGUGUUAAAAACGUGUUGAUAAACCUGUGAUGCCAAUCUAAAUUUUUAAGUUUGAAUUUUCGAGUUAAUAAUUGCGAUUAAAGUAUGUUUAAAUUCUGAAAUUUCUCAUUCAGAAACGUAAAUUUAAAAAUGUGAAGGUAGUUUGAUUUUUUUUCGUUCUUUCGUAAUAAAAGUGACGAUUAACGAACACCAGUAAAUAUUAUUAAUUUUUCUAAUUAAAUUGAAACGAUUUUAUACGGAACAAAUUUUGGAAGAAUUGGGUUUAUUGGCAUCCAGUCAUAAGUUAGUAAAAGUUCAGUUUAAAGAGUUAUCUCUUUUAACUUAAUAAUUCAAUUUAUGAGGUGCCUGUAACUUUUUGACGUUGUGUUUGAAAUCUCAAUAAGUUUUUUUUCAGUUUUAAAGGAUGUCUUAAGUUUUCUUUAGAUUAUUAUAGUUUUAUAACUAUAAUUUAUAAUUUCAUGCCUGGGAUGCCGAAGGACUUUUACGUACCUGACUGAUAAUUCUACGUCUUAAAAAUGUAAUCCCUUCAACUUUUCUCUCAAAAUCGACACUAUUUACAUUUUUCUUAAUUUUUAAUUUUUUGUGCAUCCCAGAAGCAAACCAAGUGAAGUUUUAAUGAGGUGAUAAAUUGUGCGUCAGUUUCACGUGUGCAUAUACUGUGUAAAGUCACAUUAUUAUUGUAAUAAAGUAGAAUCUUUCACAUCUGACAUUUUUUAGAUUUUUUUCUAUCCUAUUGUAAUUAUUACCGAGACUAAGAAAAACAAUUUUUUAAGAUUGUAAGAAUAAAAUUUAGGAAUUUGAUACAAUAAGGAGUUGAAUAUUCAAAUUAACAAUACAUUUUGUAUCUUUUUAUUAAUAUAUUUCAUACUUGUCUAUAAUAUUUAAGGAUCAUAUUAAGAUUUUGAAAUAUUGCAUUUUUAAGAUAUUGUUGAUCUUAAAAAGUACAAAGAAAAGCAUAUUGGGUGAAUCAGGUGUUGUAAUUGAAACUUGGAAAUUCGUAAGUUUCAGUGUCUGAUGUUGAAGAUUCUACUUUGAUAGAUAUUAUUAUAUGUAUAACUAUAUUAAUUGCUAUUUAUUUAUUACACUUCUAGCAGAGCUUUCGAACUAUAAAUGUAAGUCGAUAAUUUCAUUAAAAGUUGAAUUUAAUGAGAUUAUCAGUAGUUUUCGAAUUUCUUAUAUGGAAGGGCUCGGAUCGUGCGACAUUUUUUUCUUUUUCCGUUUUUGCCUAAAGUUCGCUAUACUGAGUUUAAAUUUUAAUCACAGUUAAACUUUUAAAAUUGAAAUUCAAUUUAGAAAAAAAUUUAAUAUUUCAAUGGAAAACAUUAAAAAUAGAAUAAUUUCCCACUAAAGCUAUAUUUUUAGAAAAUUUUAAGUUAAUAGCUUUUGCAAUGGAAAAAUUGACAAUUUCGUUAUCCUGAAAAUUAAUUUUUUUUAUAUUUUUUUUGU